CUGCAGCACAGCCAGUAUGAUAAAAAUAAAGUGUUUUUAACAUUAAAUCAUGUAAACAUGUUCUAGUAGAAACCUAAAAUACAAGUAUGCACCUGAUAACAUAGUAGGUCCUCUUUAACUAUCCAUUUUAUUUUCCAAGUGCUAUGAAAUUAUUACAUAACACCUUGACAUUUUAUUGGUUUAGUGAGUAAACUUCACAUCAAAAGUCUCUUGUUCUGGUCAAAGCCCCACUCUUGUGUUUGCAAGCCUCUCAUGCUUUGAUAACCAUCUAAUCCCCUCACUGUGACUCUCACAUGAUGAAGAAAUCCCACGGCUCGCAGCCGCCACAGGCUGAACACACUGCAUGGUUUCUCCACCUCAGCUCACAUGCUCCUCUGUUGCGAAUGCUCCAUUUCAGCUUGUGUCAUUCUGACCAGCUAAAAGCACGGGGAGAAUCGUCUCCAACAUGAGGAGAUAUUUCUUGAUUGAAAGGAUUUCUUUGCCGUGGUCGAGGAGGGCCACCGCGCAGGAUGAGUCCAGUCCGCUCAUACCAAAGGCAGGCUCUGCUAAAGAGGACGCUGAGGAGCUCGGCAAUGUCACCACUGAGUUUCACCAAGCAGGGCCCAACGGAGAGGACAACAGCCCCGUAUUUGCAAGCAUCCAACCCCACUACAGAUACUCUUGUAUGGACUAUUUCCUAAAAUACUUCCUGUUCCUAUGCAAUCUGGUGUUCACAGUUCUGGGCCUGGUGAUUCUCGGUCUUGGGAUGUGGGGCCUCAUCAGCAAAGAGUCGUUCGCUCAGGAGAAGAUCGGCAGCAUCGGCACCGACCCGAUGCUGAUACUUGUGACUCUGGGCUUUGUGCUCACUAUGCUCUGCCUGUCCGGCUGCAUGGGCGCAUUAAGAGAGAACUGCUCUUUACUGAAGCUGUUCUCUGCCGCGGUGCUGGCGCUCAUCACAGCCCAGGUGCUGGCCGCCAUCAUGGCCUACACUCUACAAGGUCAGGUUGGAGGAUACCUGCGGGCAGGGAUGUUAGCCGCCAUGGUGCGCUACCAGGAUGAUCUGGAUCUGAGGUUCAUCACGGAUGAGAUUCAGACAAAUCUGCAGUGCUGUGGGGCAGAUAACUACCGUGACUGGGAGCUCAACAUAUAUUACAACUGCUCAUCUCCAGGAGUGCUGUCCUGUGGCGUCCCCGCGACAUGCUGCGUGGAUCCUUUGGAGAACGGCACCGUGUGGAACUCUCAGUGUGGUUUAGGAGCCCAGCUGCUGGAUGAGUUUAGUGCUCAGAGCGUGAUCUUCCUGGGCGGCUGUCUGGGGGGGAUGUCUCGCUGGAUCGAGCAGCACGAGGGCCUGAUAGGGACCAUUGCAAUCGUCGUACUGGGGGUCCAGAUUCUGACUCUGUUUAUCACAACACGACUGUUAGAGAGCAUCCAGUGGCAUAAACUUUACAUGUAACGUGGGAUUAUGAAUAUAUUGUGUGCUGAUAUUUAAUGUAUGCUUUUGGAUGUCCACCUUGUUUCUCAUUUGUAGUAAACAAACCCCGAAACCAUGAGAGCAAAAAUCUUGUUUUUAAGGAAGCAAAUUUCAACUAGGGAUGUCAAUCGAUUCAAAUAUUGAAUUGGGAUUAAUCGAAUGAUUGUCCAUAAUAAAUUUUGAUUAAAUGCAAGUUAAUCAAAAUGUUCAAAAUGUACCAAGUAUUUAAUACUCUUAUCAACAUAUCUUCAUAUUUACCAUUAUAUUCACAUUAGAGUGGUAUCAUUCUUCUCAUGAAUUACUCUCUGAAUUCACAUACGCUACUUUUUUUCUUUAAAGGGACAAAAAAGCAUCCUAAUGGGAAUUAUGUAAUGUUUCAAACACAGCAUGGUUUAAAGGUCUAUUUUUAUGAAGACAGAUAUUUAAAAAAAUAAAUAUAAAAAACACAUCCAUAGAGCUUUUAGAAAGGUGCAGAAUAAAAUUAUGUCUUUUUCUAAAAAAAAUAUUAUGAUUGUGAAUUAAUCU